AGUGAGCGUAACGCAACGCAGGCAGGGCAAAGGAAGAAGGAGAGCCGAGUCAGCUGUCAUCGACGUUUGUCACAGGACAAAUAAUUUUGGUCUGUAUCAAUGCGGGCGGCCAAGCCGGACCUUUUCCGCCGACCGAGCCCGACCUUUCGCUAAGCACAGCAGGAGUUGGAGUUGACCAAGGCGGCCAUGAUCGCCGUACUCGCCUUGGUGGCCGUCCUGCUGGCCGCUCCCCAGGCCUCUCGGGCACUUCCCGAGCCUGGCAAGUGGGAUUUCGUGCCUGACAAAAACCAGACGUACAUGGCAUCCAAGAGUUUGGUCAAUGGUUCCCAGAUUUUCAUAAGGCUGACGUGUGAAGUGCAAUUGAAAGUCAAUGUAACGUGGACUUUGUUGGAAACGGCUUGUCUUCAUGAUUUCCAAACAAGCGAUACUAGUAAUUCGCCAUCUUCAGGUAGAUCACACACAAGCGGAAUUACAGAAAAAUGGAAAGAGUAUGAUUGCAACGGGCUCCUGAUUUUGGACGAGUACAACCACAAACAAAAUGCAUCUGGCUCGAUACCAGGACUGUCAAAAAAUGAUCCGUCAGUCAAACAUUUUGACAAGCUCGACAAAAGCAAAGUGAAAGAUCAUCCAAUUGUUACAAUGCCCAGGGACGGAAUCUAUGUCCUGAUUGUCAGCGUUCAAAGCAACGAUAAUAGCAAAAUUAUCGUUCACAUUGACAUGCAAAGCAAGCACGGAUAUUUGUCUGCUGUUGACUGGCCACUGCUUCCAUUUUAUGGCGCCAUGUGCUUGGUGUACGUGGUCUAUGGCAUCGCGUGGCUGGUCGUGUCCUUCUGCCAGUGGCGAGACCUGCUGCGCAUCCAGUUCUGGAUCGGCGGAGUCAUCCUGCUGGGCAUGCUGGAAAAGGCUGUGUUCUACGCCGAGUACCAGAGCAUCAACUCGAGCGGCACUCCGGUGCAAGGCGCCGUGCUCAUGGCAGAACUCGUGUCCUGCGCCAAGAGGACGCUGGCCAGGAUGCUCGUCAUCAUUGUCAGCUUAGGCUUCGGCAUAGUCAAACCGCGACUGGGCCCCAUGUUGCACCGCGUGGUUGGCGUGGGUCUGCUCUACUUUGGGCUGGCGGCGGUCGAGUGCUACCUGCGCAUCACAAACCACAAGAGCCAGAACAACCAGAUCCUAGUUGCCAGCGUGCCACUGGCUGUCCUUGACUCUGCCAUUUGUUGGUGGAUUUUCACCAGCUUGGUGCAAACCACCAGGACUCUAAGGCUUCGCAGAAACGUCGUGAAGCUGACAUUGUACAGACACUUCACCAACACUCUCAUCUUUGCUGUCAUCGCCUCGGCAAUUUUCAUGCUCUACUCCAUCAAAUCCAGACUGGUUCCUUGUCAAUAUAACUGGAAAAAUCUUUGGAUCGACGAGGCCUACUGGCAUUUACUCUUCUCCACCCUGCUUUUGGUGAUAAUGGUUCUGUGGAGACCCACAAACAACAACCAGAGGUAUGCAUUUACUCCAUUGCUGGAUAACCCAGAGGAUGACGAAGAGGACGAACAAGUCGUCCAUGAUGCUUACGGCGUGAAAAUGCGCGCCUACAAAGACAGAGCCAAUUCGCCAAAGCCUCGUCCUAGUACUAGUGUGGAAGACGAUUUGAAAUGGGUUGAAGAAAACAUUCCCUCGUCGAUUGCCGACUCCACCUUGCCUCUGUUGGAUUCUGACGAGGAAAUAAUGACAACCAAAUUCGAAGUCUCCAAAAUGCAGUGAAAGUGCGAGUGAAGUGACAUUGCCUGCCAUCGAUUUUUGUUUUGUUUGAAAGUUUAUAUGAGUACUUAAUGUGAUGAUUUAAUUUUGAUAUGCGACUCUCCAAAGUGUUUGGUUGCAUGUUGAAGGAACUGUAGCCGAACGCUGUCCCAGGGCUCGAAACUCUGGUAUAGUUAAAAGCAGCGCUGCGUCUUGUGUAACCUUCAGAAUUAAUGAUUUUUCUAAUCAAAAUUAGCAAAGUUAAAUUACAGUUAAAAAGCAGAGUAGUGUCAUGCUUUUGGCUUUGCCUACCUGUAGGUUUCUAUACUUAACUCACAUUGUAAGCAACCAGCCUUUCCAUCGCAACAAAUAUUUGAAACGAAGCCUCUCUCACGAAGUAUUAAUACGAUUGAAACACCUCACUGCUUUUCAUUAUCUCAAUAAGCAACGUUUUGUGAUUUGGAAAUAAAAGAAAAAGUCUGUUCAAAAA